CUUCAGUCCACUCUUUAUGACAGCAGACUGUGGAGCCCCAGUUAGAGACAGACAUGAUACCUGCAGUGGUACUGAUGACCCUGUUGUGGAGCACAGAUCUCCAGGCUCAAAGCGUCAGUCCACCAGCUGAACUCUCAGUCAGACUGGUGGAUGGGACCACUUCCUGUUCUGGGACAGUGGAAGUCUUCUACAGAGGAGAGUGGUUCGGUCUAUGUCCUAGUUGGUGGAGAAUGAUGAGAGAGACUAAGAUUAUGUGUAGAGAGCUGGACUGUGGGAAUCCUGUAUCUGAAUCUAGAAGACCUCUGAUUGAAUAUAGAAGAGGAGGAGUCAUACUAUAUAGUAGUUGUAGUGGAAAUGAGUCUUCAAUUGGACAGUGUGUCAUCAUAGGAGGACCUGGUUACUGUGAUGGUGGAUAUUAUCAUCAUGUGAACUGUUCAGAGUCUGUGCGUCUUGUGGAUGGAGCUGGUCUCUGCUCUGGGAGAGUGGAGGUGAAGUCCAAUCAGUCCUGGGCCUCAGUGUGUGAAGCUGACUUUGACCAGCAGGAUGCAGAGGUAGUCUGUAGGGAUGUUGGCUGUGGGGCUCCUGCAGCUCUACAGGGGGGGCUCUAUGGAGAAGGUGAGGGUCAGACCUGGGAUAAAGAGUUCCAGUGUAAAGGCAAAGAGUCCCUUCUCCUGGACUGUGACACCUCAGACAGAGAGAACAACACCUGCCUACCUGGUAAUGCUGUUGGACUCACCUGCUCAGAGCCUGAUGAUGUGAGGCUGGUAGGAGGAGGCAGUCGCUGUGCUGGUGGAGUGGAGUGGUACGACCAGGGAGAGUGGAGGACUGUGGGAGCUAGAGUGUGGAACCAGAAGAAUAUGUCCUGCUUCAGCCUGAUAUCAACAUAUGUUGUCUCAGUGACUGUAGGCCCACUACUCAUGUUGCCCUAUCUCCUGGUCCAGCCUGAUAUCUUCCUGACUGACCCAAUGGGAGGGGUCUUCAGGGGCCACCAGGGGCCCGAGAUGUUCAGGGGCUACAACUUCACCAUCACCUGCUCCACUCAGCCACAAGUGAGCUCCUCUUCCUCACCAUCACAGAAAUCAUAUAGCCUAGCAGUAUUUCUCACUCUUCAGUCCUCUCUUCAUGACCGUAGACUUGUUUCGUCAGUGGAGCCCCAGUUAGAGACAGAUAUGAUACCUGCAAUGAUAUUGAUGAUCCUGUUCUGGAGCACAGAUCUCCAGGCUCAAAGCGUCAGUCCACCAGCUGAACAAUCAGUCAGACUGGUGGAUGGGACCACUUCCUGUUCUGGGACAGUGGAAGUCUUCUACAGAGGAGAGUGGUUGGGUCUAUGUCCUAGGUGGUGGAGCAUGAUGAGAGAUGUUAAGGUUGUGUGUAGAGAGCUGGACUGUGGGAAUCCUGUAUCUGUAUCUAGAGGACCUCUGAUUGAAGAUGGAAGAAGAGGAGUCACGAUGUGGAGUUGUAGGAGAGAUGAGUCUUCUAUUAGAUGGUGUAACAUCAUAGAAGGACCUGGUGUCUGUCAUGGUGGAUAUUAUCGUCAUGUGACCUGUUCAGACUCUGUGCGUCUUGUGGAUGGAGCUGGUCUCUGCUCUGGGAGAGUGGAGGUGAAGUCCAAUCAGUCCUGGGCCUCAGUGUGUGAAGCUGACUUUGACCGGCAGGAUGCAGAGGUAGUCUGUAGGGAUGUUGGCUGUGGGGCUCCUGCAACUCUACAGGGGGGGCUCUAUGGAGAAGGUGAGGGUCAGACCUGGGAUAAAGAGUUCCAGUGUAAAGGCAAAGAGUCCCUUCUCCUGGACUGUGACACCUCAGACAGAGAGAACAACACCUGCCUACCUGGUAAUGCUGUUGGACUCACCUGCUCAGAGCCUGAUGAUGUGAGGCUGGUAGGAGGAGGCAGUCGCUGUGCUGGUGGAGUAGAGUGGUACUACCAGGGAGAGUGGAGGACUGUGGGAGCUGAGGACUGGGACCCGAGGGAUGUAGCUGCAGUAGUGUGUAGACAGCUGGGUUGUGGCUCCACUGUUUCUGUACCACCUGGAAACACCACUAGAGGGUUUAGAGUUAUCUGUUCUGGAUCUGAGCCUUCACUGAGAGAAUGUUCCAGAAUUUAUUAUCUCCUUCCUGGACUCACAGUGAUCUGCUCAGAUCUCCUGGUCCAGCCUGAUAUCUUCCUGACUGACCCAAUGGGAGGGGUCUCCAGGUGCCACCAGGGGCCCGAGAUGUUCAGGGGCUACAACUUCACCAUCACCUGCUCCACUCAGCCACAGUACCCAGGAGGCUCCUUCCUCCUCACGUUCACCGGCUCCAACAGAACCCAGACCCAGCCAGCUGUCAAUCACUCUGCUGCCUUCCUCUUCCCUGCUGCAGAUGACUCCCACCAAGGGAACUACAGCUGUGUUUAUGAGAAUGAUGUUUUCUCUCACAACUUCUCCUCUGAGAGUGAGCUCCUCUCCCUUGCCAUCACAGCCUCUCCUCUGCCAGCCUUCAUCAUCAGACACGUUGUAGUGCUGCUGAUCCUACUGACAGCCAUCACCACCUCCUACCUGUACUACAAGCCCACCAGGAGGCAGAAGAGAGUGAACAGUGUGAGCAGCAUGGAUCUUUAUGUCAAUGCCAUGGAGAUGGUCUCUCUGAGCUCCAGAGCUGAAGCUGGACCGGGAGAGGAGAGAGCAGCCCAGGGGACGGAUGACUUGUGUAUGUCAGUGGAGCCCCAGUUAGAGACAGACAUGAUACCUGCAGUGGUACUGAUGACCCUGUUGUGGAGCACAGAUCUCCAGGCUCAAAGCGUCAGUCCACCAGCUGAACUCUCAGUCAGACUGGUGAAUGGGACCACUUCCUGUUCUGGGACAGUGGAAGUCUUCAAUGAAGGAGAGUGGUUGGGUCUAUGUUCUGGGUGGUGGAGAAUGAUGAUAGAGGUCAAGGUUGUGUGUAGAGAGCUGGACUGUGGGAAUCCUGUAGCUGAAUCUGGAAUGCCUCUGCUUGAAGAUGGAAAACGAAGAGUCAUACUAGGUGGUUGCUAUGGAAAUGAGUCUUCUGUUAGACAGUGUGACAUUGUAAGAGGAGGACCUGGUGGCUGUAAUGGUAGAACUUAUCAUCAUGUGACCUGUUCAGAGUCUGUGCGGCUUGUGGAUGGAGCUGGUCUCUGCUCUGGGAGAGUGGAGGUGAAGUCCAAUCAGUCCUGGGCCUCAGUGUGUGAAGCUGACUUUGACCGGCAGGAUGCAGAGGUAGUCUGUAGGGAUCUUGGCUGUGGGGCUCCUGCAGCUCUACAGGGGGGGCUCUAUGGAGAAGGUGAGGGUCAGACCUGGGAUAAAGAGUUCCAGUGUAAAGGCAAAGAGUCCCUUCUCUUGGACUGUGACACCUCAGGCAGAAAACACAACAACUGCCUACCUGGUAAUGCUGUUGGACUCACCUGCUCAGAGCCUGAUGAUGUGAGGCUGGUGGGAGGAGGCAGUCGCUGUGCUGGUGGAGUGGAGUGGUACGACCAGGGAGAGUGGAGGACUGUGGGAGCUGAGGACUGGGAUGUAGCUGCAGUAGUGUGUAGACAGCUGGGUUGUGGCUCCACUGUUUCAGUACUACUUGUAGACACCACAAGAGCGUUUAGACUUUCCUGUUAUGGGUCUGAGUCUUCACUGAGGGAGUGUUCCAGAAGUUAUAAUCUCUCUCCUGGACUCACAGUGAUCUGCUCAGAGUCUGUGCGGCUUGUGGAUGGAGCUGGUCUCUGCUCUGGGAGAGUGGAGGUGAAGUCCAAUCAGUCCUGGGCCUCAGUGUGUGAAGCUGACUUUGACCAGCAGGAUGCAGAGGUAGUCUGUAGGGAGUUUGGCUGUGGGGCUCCUGCAGCUCUACAGGGGGGGCUCUAUGGAGAAGGUGAGGGUCAGACCUGGGAUAAAGAGUUCCAGUGUAAAGGCAAAGAGUCCCUUCUCCUGGACUGUGACACCUCAGACAGAGAGAACAACACCUGCCUACCUGGUAAUGCUGUUGGACUCACCUGCUCAGAGCCUGAUGAUGUGAGGCUGGUGGGAGGAGGCAGUCGCUGUGCUGGUGGAGUGGAGUGGUACGACCAGGGAGAGUGGAGGAUUGUGGGAGCUGAUGACUGGGACCAGAGGGAUGUAGCUGCAGUAGUGUGUAGACAGCUGGGUUGUGGCUCCACUGUUUCAGUACUACCUGGAAACACCACUAGAGGGAAAAACAUUAUAUGUUCUGGAUCUGAGCCUUCACUGAGGGAUUGUUAUAGAAUGUAUGAUCUACUUCCUGGACUCACAGUGAUCUGCUCAGAUCUCCUGGUCCAGCCUGAUAUCUUCCUGACUGACCCAAUGGGAGGGGUCUCCAGGGGCCACCAGGGGCCCGAGAUGUUCAGGGGCUACAACUUCACCAUCACCUGCUCCACUCAGCCACAGUACCCAGGAGGCUCCUUCCUCCUCACGUUCACCGGCUCCAACAGAACCCAGACCCAGCCAGCUGUCAAUCACUCUGCUGCCUUCCUCUUCCCUGCUGCAGAUGACUCCCACCAAGGGAACUACAGAUGUGUUUAUGACAAUUAUGUUUUCUCUCAUAACUUCUCCUCUGAGAGUGAGCUCCUCUCCCUCACCAUCACAGGUAACUGAACAUGAACCAGACUUAUAACUUUGUCAUUGACAG